CGGCCAGGGGGAGGAGGAGGCGCCGGCGGCGGCGGCGGCCGGGGAUGGAGCUGGGGGGCGGCGGCGGGGCCGGGGGCGGCGGAGCGGAGCUGGAGCGGGGCGGGGGCGUCUCCGAGCUGCUGCGGCACGCGGUGGGCUCGCUGCUGUCCAACUACGGCUGGUACAUCCUUCUGGCCUGCGUCGCCAUCUAUGUCAUCGUCCAGAAGAUAUCCCAAAGCCUGGCCGCCAGGGCAGGCGGCCGGGCGGGAGCGGUUGAUGCAGCAGAUAUUGAGCCCGACCUGGUGGUAAGGAGGCAGGAAGCUUUGGCAGCAGCUCGCCUCAGGAUGCAAGAGGAGCUGAAUGCACAAGCAGAAAGAUACAAAGAAAAACAAAGACAGCUUGAAGAAGAAAAGCGAAGGCAGAAGAUAGCGAUGUGGGAAAGUAUGCAAGAAGGAAAAAGUUACAAAGGAAACCUGAAACUGAGUCAGCAAGAAGUAGAAUCUGGUGCCUCCACCUCAUCAGCAGUCCCGAAAUCUAAACCAAACAAAAAGCCUUUGCGAGGAGGUGGCUAUAACCCCCUGUCUGGAGAAGGAGGCGGAACGUGUUCCUGGAGACCAGGCCGCAGGGGCCCGUCAGCAGGUGGAUGAGGCUAACCUCCCUAGUGUCUCACGUCACUAGCAGGCUUAAUCGUACCCACUGUCUGCCUGCCUACAGCUGGCAUGUCACAGUGACUCCUCCGGGGUGUGGUUUAGUGCAGGUGUUAAUUUAAAAACAGAUUUUACGUCAUUUGCAUAUAUUAACAGCAGACGAUGCUACACAAGAAAAAUACCCUGAGAGAGGAUGAGGAAAGAAACAAAGUCAGCGUAAUCGGUUCGUUUUCUUCCCCCUGUAGUGAGGAAGCCUAGUCUCCAGCCCAGAUGUAUCACUUGUGAUUGAGAGCUGGAUUCUGCGGUUGGCCUUUCAAAAGACUGGCCUCGAGCCGGGGAAUGAAUUGUCUAGGCCUCAGUUUACCUGCGUAAAAUGAGGAUUUUUGCCAUCCUCAGACGUGUAACGGGGUUUACUGUGUUUGGCUGGAAGCUCUUUAAAAGGGAAGAAUAUUACCAUUGGCAGAUGCCUUCAGUUUUUGGAGGAGGGACUUUGAGAAAACCCAGAUGACCUGACAAACGCCCUGGAUUUGCACUGAAGGCCAGUUACUUUAGAAGAGUCUCUGUGACAAGCUACCUUGAAUGAUGUUUUCCUUAGAAAUGGUGAACAAACCAGUGAGGAUUACUGAUGCUAGACAGCAGGUGGGGGGUUCUUGCUAUUCCUUUUUUUUUUUUUAUUUCAACUGCUUUGUAAAAAACAAGAUACAAUUAAUAUUAAAUACAAUUGCCAACAAAUCCUAA